AGAGAAGAUCGUUUGAUAGAGAAGAAAAAAAUUAAGAACGUUUGAAAAAUGGAUCAUGAGAAGGGAAAUGAUGCAUUAGUGGCUUCACUGCAGAGUUUGUUCGUGUUUUUUACAGGAAGCAAAAUCUACGUUUUACAAGGGUGGCACAAAAAAAUAAGUUCUCUUGAGAAUCCUUAUGUAGCAGACGGUCUGGAAAAAUACCAGGAAGUUCUAAUUUAUUAGUCAGAGCACUAAUCAUAUUUCAACAUUGACGAAAACGUUUCUUAUAGUUUUGCUACAUUUUUCAGUAUUGCAUGUAAAUAAUUUUGAGUAUGCAGCUGUUCAUCGCUCUGUAUACCAUACAUUGUGGAAUCCUGUGUUUUGUUCAAGGUCAAAUCUUGCAUAUAUCAACCUUGUUCAUGUCUGGCAAUGUGGUAUUUAGAUGGACUCCGUCAUCCAAUUCUUCAAAUUACUAUGUGUUCAUAACCAGAGACAGAUCGACAGAUGCUCGGACCCGUGUGUAUGAUACACAGUACACUGUGAAAGAUGCGAUCUUGUAUGAUUCCAUUACGAUCAAUGUGAGAACACCCGAAUCACUUGCAGACAACGUAGUGACAUACAACGUCUCCAAAGUUAAAAGUCAGAUAGGAGGCAAGAAGAAUAUUUCAUGGACAGCUGCCUUCUUUCCAAUUACAAAAUACAACAUUUAUCACAUUAAUAAAGAAAACAGAACUGCGUCAAUAAUGCAUGUGUAUCAUGAGGGAGCCAAACUGUCGCCUAAGUACUCAUACCUCACUAGACCAUUUAAUUCCACCAACAUCCUGUUUGAGAUAAGGAACAUAACUCUGGAUGACGCUGGAUAUUACAAUGGCGGGACGAAUUUUCAUGAUGCACGAUUUGGUGGUGGUGUUUUACUCAUUGUAUCAGGCACACCCAAAAAGCCACGAAUAAACGGAACCCUUACAACACUGGUUGACACACAUUUAGAAUUGACAUGUAUCAGUAAAUCAACCUCCGCUCCUGACUAUUACUCCAAGCUUGUCACCUUGUCCUACACGUGGUUUAUCAACAACACUAAGAUGGACAAAGAAACCAGGGAUACCCUGAGAUUGAAAGUUACUAAAGGACAUCGGUACACCAGAUACUCAUGUACAGCGACAGAAGAAGAUCUGGAGUCUGUUCAGAGUGAUGCACUACAGAUUAAUCCUUUAUAUGGUCCAGAACAACUCAUUUUCACACCAAAGCCAAACGUGAAUAAAUAUGAUAAAUUAACAGUAAAGGAAGGCGAUGUAGUCGGUCCGAUCUUUUGUUCAGCUGACUGUAAUCCACCCUGCAACGUAACGUGGAAAUAUAAGGAAUCAAACGGUCUUAAAGAUGCCUUGUCACAAAAUGGGAUAUUACUAUUACAAAGCAUCAACAGGAAUGUAACCCAAAUCAUUUGCUCAUCUAGAUGGAAAAAUGAAUCAGUGGAGAAAGACUUUACACUUGACGUUCAAUAUUUUGAUGACUCAAUUAUUUAUGUAAAUGACGAAUGGGUGUCAGAUCGAAUAACGGUAGACAUCCAAGAGAAAAACCCGUUACAACUAUCGUGUCUCGUUAAUGGAAACCCAAUCCCAACUGUACGACUCGGUAAAACACAGAACGGAGGGACUGUCAUUUUGUCUGAGGCUAGGGACCACUGGUCGAACUACAGCUUUGGUACAGGAGCUCAGUGUUCUGACACAGGGACAUAUGUUUGUUAUGGACAGUCUACACAUCUGAAAACCAGCACAAAGGCCAUUGACGUAAACAUUUUGUGUGAGCCAAGGUUGGAUAAAGAGGUUCAAAUGAAAACUAUUACUGAAUCGGUAAAAACCAGGAUUGUAAUCAUACCUGUUAUUGCUUAUCCAUCUCCUGUCCUGUCAAAGAUGAUAUGGCUAGGACCUGAUGAUUUUCCGACAAACAUCACCACCAGUGUUGUAUUACAGCUUAAUUGCGUCAUCUACAAGCACCGUGUAAUAAGCAUCAUUUCUGGUUUGGAAGACGAAACAUUCGGGGAAUAUAAGCUUUUAUACGAAGGAAAAGUACUAACAAAUUUUUUCAUCAGAAGAGAAGAGUAUGAGAUGUCAAGAGGACACAAGGUUGUUAUUGCCGUUCUUUCUACAAUUUUGGGAAUUACGUGGCUUUUCAUAAUAAUAUAUUUACUCUUUAAAAAGCAGUUUCUGCUUUUUCAUAAAAUUGAUAAACGUAAGGACGAAAAUCAUCAAUUAGAGACCAAAAGUAUGGCACAACAUUAUGACGAUUUGCAAGAUACUGAUGUAGAUAAAAACUACACAGCUCUGGACCGCACAAACCAGGAAUCUCCAUACGAGGAGACACACUAGAAUUGAUACAAUUCAAAACUGAGUUUAUGUUAUGAAACACGUGAUCUAAUCUUAUAUCUAUUUGAAAGAGAACAGCAACCUUAUAUCUUGUCAUUUUGAAAAGAAUUUUAUAUGCUAGUAUAUGUAACUAAUCAAAGAAUUUCAAAGUCCUUGUCUGUUCAGAUUCGAUUUGCUUACGUUUUUUAAGCAUGCCACUAGUUUUAGAUCUCGAUUUUAAGGGAUAAAUAUCCAAUAUUUUAAAGCAAUCAGUGUUUGCUUCCUUGUUGCUAUUUAUAUAGUCUUUGUUUGAGCGUAUGACAUCUUGCCAAAAUCUUGAUUUUAAUCUUUCUGUAAUCAAAUUCACAGUUGCUUUAGUCAUGUCAUUUUCAUCAUAUAAUUGCUUUCAUUAUUUGAUAAUUUAUGUAUUACUUGUAAAUUAGAUCACCUUAAAUAUCUUAAUCUUAAGAAGAAUCACCAAGUGUAUAUAAAGGAAAAACCAGGAUUAUCUUUCUCAUAAUCUUUAUCAUCAUUUUAUUGAGAUUGAUAUACUUUAUUAUGUAAAAGCACCAUUAAGGUGUAAAAAAAAUUGUUGCUUUUCAUUAUUUAUUGUUUUUCCUUGAGCUACACAUUUUACUUGAGUCCAUAAUUUCAUGGGCUGUGUUUUACAAAAGGACUUAUAACCUACGACCAAAUUAAAGAUUGCUUUUUAAUCAGAAACUAAUGUUUGAAUUAAAGUAUUUAGAAUUUAAUUGUAGGAAUUAAAAUAAGGGCAUAUUAUUGGUUUAAUGCAAAUAUUGUUCGUCAAAGAUCAUUCUUCG